AUGAAGAUUACUCGUGCCAAAUUUGAGGAGCUAAAUAUGAGUUUCUUUACGGAGUGUAUCAAGCAAGUGGAGAAAUGUUUAGUGGAUGCUAAUCUGAACAAAGGUAGUGUAGAUGAGGUAAUUCUUGUUGGUGGAUCAACUAGGAUACAAAAGGUCCAAAGUAUGUUACAAGAGUUCUUUGAUGGGAAGGAGCUAUGCAAGAGCAUCAACCCUGAUGAAGCUGUAGCUUAUGGGGCGGCAGUUAUGGCUUCCAAUUUAUGUGGUCAGGCUAACAAGAUGAUAAAGGAGUUGGUGCUAUUGGAUGUCACUCCCUUGUCCCUUGGUACAGAGGUAGAUGGGGAUAUUAUGAGUGUUAUAAUCCCAAGGAACACUCCUAUACCAACCAAGAAGACAGACACUUUUAUAACAGUCUAUGACAACCAAUCUUCUAUGGAGACAAUGGUGUACCAAGGUGAACGGACUAGAUCUACUGAUAACUUCUUGUUGGGAUCUUUUAUAAUUUCAGGAAUUCCACCUGCUCCUAAAGGAGUCUCAGUAGUAGAGGAUUGCUUUGAAAUAGAUGUUAAUGGUAUCCUUACAGUUACAUCUAAGGUAGUAUCCACUGGUAAGACCGAAAAACUUACUGUUACCAAUCUUAGUGGGAGAUUGUCAAAGCAUGAGAUAGAGAAAAUGAUGAAAGAUGCUGAGAAGUUCAAACUUGAGGACCAAGAGUUCAAGAGUAAAGCUGAAGCAUACAAUGCCUUGGAGGAGUGCAUAUAUGACUUGGAGAAUAAGAUUAAAGGAGAAGAUUUGCCCUCAAAGGAUUUGAAGAGCCUACAUAAUGCAAUUGUUGAUACAAAGGAAUGGCUUUCUACUGGUAAAGUUGCAGAUGUUUGA